AUGAAGAGCCGACGAGAUGGGGGUAACAAACUGAGCCUCCAAUGCGGGAAUUUAUUUACCCAUAUCUCUUUGUCUGCAGGUGGCUGUUCCUUUGAGGAGCAUUACAGCAACUGUGGCUAUAGCGUGGCCCUGGGGACCAAUGGGUUCACCUGGGAGCAGGUUAACACGUGGGAGAAACCCAUGCUGGACCAGGCGGUGCCCACAGGAUCCUUCAUGAUGGUGAACAGCUCUGGGAGGGCCUCUGGCCAGAAGGCCCACCUUCUCUUGCCCACCUUGAAGGAGAAUGACACCCACUGCAUCGAUUUCCAUUACUACUUCUCCAGCCGCGACAGGUCCAGCCCGGGGGCCUUGAACGUCUAUGUGAAGGUGAAUGGAGGUCCCCAAGGGAACCCUGUCUGGAAUGUGUCUGGGGUCGUCACCGAGGGAUGGGUGAAGGCAGAGCUCGCCAUCAGCACCUUCUGGCCACAUUUCUAUCAGGUGAUAUUUGAAUCCGUCUCUUUGAAGGGGCACCCUGGCUACAUCGCCGUGGACGAGGUCCGGGUCCUCGCUCAUCCUUGCAGAAAAGCACCUCAUUUUCUGCGACUCCAAAAUGUGGAGGUGAACGUGGGGCAGAAUGCCACAUUUCAGUGCACUGCCGGUGGGAAGUGGUCUCAGCAUGACAAACUGUGGCUGCAGCAAUGGAAUGGCAGGGACACAGCCCUCAUGGUCACCCGUGUGGUCAACCAUAGGCGCUUCUCAGCCACAGUCAGUGUGGCAGACACUGCCCAGCGCAGCAUCAGCAAGUACCGCUGCGUCAUCCGCUCUGACGGUGGCUCUGGAGUGUCCAACUACGCAGAGCUGAUUGUGAAAGAGCCCCCCACGCCCAUCGCCCCGCCAGAGCUGCUGGCUGUGGGGGCCACCUACCUGUGGAUCAAGCCGAACGCCAACUCCAUCAUCGGGGACGGCCCCAUCAUCCUGAAGGAGGUGGAAUAUCGCACCACGACGGGCACGUGGGCAGAAACUCACAUCGUCGACUCCCCCAACUACAAGCUGUGGCAUCUGGACCCCGAUGUGGAGUAUGAGAUCCGGGUGUUACUCACGCGACCAGGUGAAGGGGGCACGGGACCUCCAGGGCCUCCCCUCACCACCAGGACCAAGUGUGCCGACCCGGUGCACGGCCCGCAGAAUGUGGAGAUUGUGGACAUCCGAGCCCGGCAGCUGACCCUGCAGUGGGAGCCCUUCGGCUAUGCGGUGACGCGCUGCCACAGCUACAACCUCACGGUGCAGUACCAGUAUGUGUUCAACCAGCAGCAGUACGAGGCUGAGGAGGUCAUCCAGACGUCCUCUCACUACACCCUGCGGGGUCUGCGCCCCUUCAUGACCAUCCGGCUGCGCCUCCUGCUGUCCAACCCUGAGGGCCGGAUGGAGAGCGAGGAGCUAGUGGUGCAGACAGAGGAGGACGUUCCAGGAGCUGUUCCUCUAGAGUCCAUCCAAGGGGGGCCCUUUGAGGAGAAGAUCUACAUCCAGUGGAAGCCCCCCAACGAGACCAAUGGGGUCAUCACGCUCUAUGAGAUCAACUACAAGGCCGUUGGCUCACUGGACCCCAGCGCUGACCUCUCCACCCAAAGGGGGAAAGUGUUCAAGCUGCGGAAUGAAACCCACCACCUGUUCGUGGGUCUGUACCCAGGUACCACCUACUCCUUCACCAUCAAGGCCAGCACGGCAAAGGGCUUUGGGCCCCCUGUCACCACCCGGAUCGCCACCAAAAUUUCAGCUCCGUCGAUGCCUGAGUACGACACGGACACCCCACUGAAUGAAACAGACACGACCAUCACAGUGAUGCUGAAGCCCGCUCAGUCCCGGGGAGCCCCCGUCAGUGUUUAUCAGCUGGUUGUCAAGGAGGAACGACUUCAGAAGUCACGGAGGGCCGCCGACAUUAUCGAGUGCUUUUCGGUGCCCGUGAGCUAUCGGAACGCCUCCAGCCUCGAUUCUCUACACUACUUUGCCGCUGAGCUGAAGCCUGCCAACCUGCCUGUCACCCAGCCGUUCACAGUGGGUGACAACAAGACAUACAAUGGCUACUGGAACCCUCCUCUCUCUCCCCUGAAAAGCUACAGCAUCUAUUUCCAGGCACUCAGCAAAGCCAAUGGAGAAACCAAAAUCAACUGUGUGCGUCUAGCUACGAAAGGUGCCUCCACCCAGAAUUCUAACACCGUGGAGCCAGAGAAGCAGGUGGACAACACCGUGAAGAUGGCUGGCGUGAUCGCGGGCCUCCUCAUGUUCAUCAUCAUUCUCCUGGGCGUGAUGCUCACCAUCAAAAGGAGGAAGCUGGCCAAGAAGCAGAAGGAGACACAGAGUGGAGCCCAGAGGGAGAUGGGGCCCGUGGCCUCAGCCGACAAACCCACCACCAAGCUCAGCACCAGCCGCAACGAGGAAGGCUUCUCCUCCAGUUCUCAGGAUGUCAACGGAUUCACAGAUGGCAGCCGCGGGGAGCUGUCCCAGCCCACCCUCACAAUCCAGACUCACCCCUACCGGACCUGUGACCCCGUGGAGCUGAGCUACCCCCGGGACCAGUUCCAGCCCGCCAUCCGGGUGGCCGACCUGCUGCAGCACAUCACCCAGAUGAAGAGAGGCCAGGGCUACGGGUUCAAGGAGGAAUAUGAGGCCUUACCAGAGGGGCAGACAGCUUCGUGGGACACAGCCAAGGAGGACGAAAACCGCAACAAGAACCGAUAUGGGAACAUCAUAUCCUAUGACCAUUCUCGGGUGAGGCUGCUCGUGCUGGACGGAGACCCACACUCUGACUACAUUAAUGCCAACUACAUUGACGGCUACCAUCGACCGCGACACUACAUCGCAACUCAAGGUCCCAUGCAGGAGACAGUAAAGGACUUUUGGAGAAUGAUCUGGCAGGAGAACUCCGCCAGCAUCGUCAUGGUCACAAACCUCGUGGAGGUGGGCAGGCACCCAGCGGAACACACUGUGGGAAAGGCCACGCUAGGCCGCGCGGCGUCCCCCGGAAUGGUGAAGUGUGUGCGAUACUGGCCAGAUGACACAGAGGUCUACGGAGACAUCAAAGUCACCCUGAUUGAAACAGAGCCCCUGGCAGAAUACGUCAUUCGCACCUUCACAGUGCAGAAGAAAGGCUACCAUGAGAUCCGGGAGCUCCGCCUCUUCCACUUCACCAGCUGGCCUGACCACGGCGUCCCCUGCUAUGCCACCGGCCUGCUGGGCUUUGUCCGCCAGGUCAAGUUCCUGAACCCACCCGAAGCUGGGCCCAUAGUGGUGCACUGCAGUGCUGGAGCUGGGAGGACCGGCUGCUUCAUCGCCAUCGACACCAUGCUCGACAUGGCAGAGAACGAAGGAGUGGUGGACAUCUUCAACUGUGUGCGCGAGCUCCGGGCCCAGAGGGUCAACCUGGUACAGACAGAGGAGCAGUAUGUAUUUGUGCACGAUGCCAUCCUGGAAGCAUGCCUCUGUGGCAACACUGCCAUCCCUGUGUGUGAGUUCCGCUCUCUCUACUACAAUAUCAGCAGGCUGGACCCUCAGACAAACUCCAGCCAAAUCAAAGAUGAAUUUCAGACCCUCAACAUUGUGACACCCCGCGUGCGACCGGAGGAUUGCAGCAUCGGGCUCCUGCCCCGGAACCAUGAUAAGAAUCGGAGCAUGGAUGUCCUGCCCCUGGACCGCUGCCUGCCCUUCCUCAUCUCAGUGGACGGAGAAUCCAGCAACUACAUCAACGCAGCACUGAUGGAUAGCCACAAGCAACCUGCCGCCUUCGUGGUCACCCAACACCCUCUACCCAACACCGUGGCGGACUUCUGGAGGCUGGUGUUUGACUAUAACUGCUCCUCCGUGGUGAUGCUGAAUGAAAUGGACACUGCCCAGCUCUGUAUGCAGUACUGGCCCGAGAAGACCUCUGGGUGCUACGGGCCCAUCCAGGUGGAGUUCGUCUCGGCAGAUAUCGAUGAGGACAUCAUCCACAGAAUAUUCCGCAUCUGUAACAUGGCUCGGCCACAGGACGGUUAUCGUAUAGUCCAGCACCUCCAGUACAUCGGCUGGCCUGCCUACCGGGACACACCCCCCUCCAAGCGUUCUCUGCUCAAAGUGGUCCGACGGCUGGAGAAGUGGCAGGAGCAGUAUGACGGGAGGGAAGGACGCACUGUGGUCCACUGCCUGAACGGGGGAGGCCGCAGCGGGACCUUCUGUGCCAUCUGCAGCGUGUGUGAGAUGAUCCAGCAGCAAAACAUCAUUGACGUGUUCCACAUCGUGAAAACCUUGCGAAACAACAAAUCCAACAUGGUGGAGACCCUGGAACAGUAUAAAUUUGUAUAUGAGGUGGCACUGGAAUAUUUAAGCUCCUUUUAG